AUGAGGACGCUGAUCGUUCUCGCACUCGUGGGCCUGGCCUCCUCGGCUUUCCACCAGCACAAGUUAUCCUGGCGGCCAUCGCAAAAAAUCGAAAUGAUCCGCAAGGGUGAAUACGCGGCUUUCCUCGAGUACAAACGAGCACUGCGAGUUGCGAACCCCGUGCUAGCCAGUCUCCCUCAGAACGUUUGAAACAGCUUCAAAUUGACUCUUAUCUACAUUCACAGGUCAACGACUUCGGAGAUUUCGAAUACCUAGGCAACAUCACGAUCGGCACUCCUCAACAGAACUUCAUUGUCGUCCUCGACACUGGAUCUGCCAAUCUCUGGGUGCCUGGUCCUACUUGCAAGGCCAACUGCAACGGAAAGAACAAGUAUGACUCGAGCAAGUCUUCGACAUUCGUCAAGGACGGCCGCUCAUGGACCAUCCAGUACGGCAGUGGAGACGCCGCUGGGAUUCUCGCUACUGACACCAUCACUGUGAUUUUGAUGUUUAUUUUUAUCGAUUCAAUCCAUUUUUCAAGUUCGGAGCUACGGGAGAUGCUCAGUUACCAGUUCCCUCGACCACAUUUGGCGUCGCCAGUAAGAUCUCUUCUGAUUUCAAAAAUGUUUGUUGCAGUACGAUUUUAAAAGUAAGAUAUUGUUAAAUUUUCAGGACGCUACCGACGGAAUCCUCGGUCUGGCCUUCACCUCCUUGGCCGUCGACGGCGUCGUUCCUCCUCUCAUCAACGCCAUCAACCAAGGCCUUCUCGACCAGCCUCUCUUCACUGUCUGGCUCGAGCACAGAGGCUCCCUCAACAACGUCGGCGGCGGUGUCUUCACUUAUGGAGCCGUCGACACGACCAACUGCGGGCCAGUCAUCGGUUACCAGCCACUUUCUUCAGCAACCUACUUCCAAUUCAAGGUUUGAAUAAAACCCAAAAAAUGACAAUAUUUUAGAGUUUAUUUUUAGGCUGGAGGUUUUGCCCUUGGAACCUACUCCACGGACAAGGUCUACGAUGUCAUCUCAGACACUGGAACAUCUUUCCUCGGAGGUCCGCAAAACGUCGUCGACGGUCUCGCCAAGGCUGCGGGAGCCACUGUAGGACAAAAAUCUGAACAAAUAAAAUUGAAAUACUUUAUUCAGUAUGACGACUUCAACCAAGUUUAUUGGAUCGACUGCGCUGCCAACGCCGGCACUCUGGACAUCACAAUUGGAAACAACAAAUACAGUAUUCAAGCCGUGAACUACGUUGUCGACGUGAGCCAUGAAAAGCAAAAAAAAAACCAUUUUGAGUUUCUGGUUCAGGCUGGAAACGGACAGUGUCUAUUCGCCGCUUUCCCCUUCGACUUCGGAGGCUUCGGACCUGCCUGGAUCCUUGGAGACCCCUUCAUCCGCCAGUACUGCAACAUCUACGACAUCGGCAACAAACAAAUGGGAUUCGCUCCUUCGCUCCAAAAGUGAUUCGUUUUCUUUCUCCAACUGUUCUGUACAUGUGAUAAUUAUGCUGAAGAAGGUUCUGAUAAAUAUUUUGGCCUCGUCUUCGACGUAUUGUACAAACAAUAUAAAAAAAAGUUUCUGAGUCUCAUUGAUUUUCAUACGAAUCAUAUUGUUUUCAGCGUUUGCUGCACCUCAAGAAAUCUUACUUUUCAUCAGAUUUUCAAGAAAAUGAGUUUUUCGAUGCGUUUGUUUCCAGAAGAAUGGUUUUGGCUUCUUCGAAUAACAUUAUCAUUGCAAACACCGUUUCACUCUGAACAGUGGAAAUGCAUGUCGAAGCAGAAAAGCUGUUUCUGAAGAAAAUAAAAGUAUUACACAUAAAAUCCUUUUUUUUACUUCUCCGAUGUUUUUCCGGUCGCCGGCGUAGAACUUUUUCAUUCACUGUUUCUGAGUUGGGAAAAUCUGAAGUUUAUUUUUCAACGAGUCGCAAUGUUUCUUUUUUUAUUUGUUCUUCGGAUUCUUAACUAAAAAUAUUUAAAAUUAAAAAAUCAAAAUUUUUGUAAAAAGCAUGAAUACCUAUAUAAUUUCUAAUAAAAUGAAACUUCAACCUCUGCGGCAGAACUCAAAAAUUCGUUCUUUCCUGCAAGAUAAAAAUUAUUUCAAAUGACUUGUAAGAUAAAAUGAUUUUUUCAGCUUUGGCGUGUCACAAAUUUUGAAGGUAUAUUGAAAAGAGUUAAAUUGAGGUCAACAUGGAUAUAAAAAGUAAAAAUGAAUGGAUUUUUUUGAAAGUAAAUCUCAAAUGUUUUACAUGAAAUUUUUUUAUCCGUCUUUUUUUAUAUUUCUUCAUAAUUUCAAGCAUUUUUGGCUUGAUGUAAGAUUUCUGUGAGUAUAUUUCAAAUCAAGCAUGAAAGUUGUGCAGACAACUCAACAGGAACUUGAAGCCGACAAAAAUUAUAUCGGACGGUGAUAACGUCACAACGAUAAAAGAUGGUAUCGAUAAAAGCCGCCCUCGGGGUUUCUCAUUCGAAAUGCGCGGGUUGACGGUGCUGCUGGCCCUCGUUGGCCUGGCUCUCGCGGCCGUCCAUGAGCACAAGCUUCUUUGGCGCGAGUCCAGACGGAUUCAGAUGAUCCGCAGCGGAGAAUGGGCCUCCUACGUCAGGUACAAGCAACAGCUUCGUGACGUCAGUCCUGCACAGUACGCCAGUCUUCCGCAAAACGUCUGUUCUCUUCUGUAUUAGUUUAAACCUAAAACAAAUCAAAAUAAAUCCAAUUUUGAAUUGAAUUCGAGAGCUUACACCGUUAGCUCUCCCAUCGAAAACCCCUCUUUUUCGAGGUUUCAACGUAUAAGGAAUGUCAUAGACCCCGGACAACUCUAGGCAAAAAUAUUCCAGUUCCUUCACCUCAUCAUUUUUUAGUAGGCGCUUUAUCCAAAUUACUCUUUCCCUUUAGUAUAAUGCUGAAAAAGUUGUGUUACAAGCAAGUUCGAAAGAAAAAGCCGAGUUCAGGUCAAUGACUUCGGUGACUACGAGUAUUUGGGAAAUAUCACGAUCGGAACUCCCGACCAAAACUUCAUCGCCGUUCUCGAUACGGGAUCCUCCAACUUGUGGAUUCCUGGACCGUCUUGCGAGUUAGUUUUUGAAACAAAAGUGAAUUUGUUCACAAAAAAUUAUGAGUUAGUUUUCAGUGCGUCCUGCGACGGAAAACACAAAUUUGACUCCACUAAAUCUUCCUCUUUCGUUCAAAACGGUCGUACCUGGAAGAUUACCUACGGCAGUGGAGACGCCAAGGGAAUUUUGGGAGAAGAUACCGUCAAGGUGAGAUAUCUUCAAAGUUUAACUGGAUAAAUUAAACUUUUCAUCAGUUCGGUGCCACUGGAGACGCUCAGCUUGCCGUCCCAUCGACCACUUUCGGCAUCGCCACACACAUUUCAGCAGAUUUCAAACAAGUCGGUUAUUUUCAGGGAAAAAAAGGACUUCACACGUUUAAAUUUUUCAUUUCAUUGGAGAGAAUUUUUGUGAAACUAUUAUGUUCAAUUUCGUGAAAAAAAAACACGUUUAUUCUAGGACGCUACCGACGGAAUCCUCGGCCUGGCCUUCACCUCCUUGGCGGUCGACGGCGUCGUUCCUCCUCUCAUCAACGCCAUCAACCAGGGGAUCCUCGACAAACCACUUUUCACUGUCUGGCUCGAGCAUAGAGGCGCCCUCAACAACGUCGGCGGCGGUAUCUUCACAUACGGCGCAAUUGACACCACCAACUGCGGUCCUGUGAUUUCGUGGCAGCCGUUGUCAUCGGCCACUUACUACCAGUUUGUGGUGAGUCAAACUGGAGAGUUAUUGAAAAAGAGAAAAAAAUGAAGGCUGGCGGCUUCGCUCUUGGAUCUUACUCGACUCCCAAACAGUACCAAGUUAUUUCUGACACUGGAACAUCGUUCCUCGGUGGACCCAACGCCGUCGUUCAAGGACUUGCAAAAGGCGCCGGAGCGACGGUUAGAACAGCACUUAUCGAUUAGCGGCCUUUGUUUUAUCAUCUUCGUGUUUCAGUACAGUUCGUCUGACGAAACUUACUACAUUCCUUGCAACGCCAACCCAGGUCCUCUGGACAUUACUAUCGGUAGCACAAAGUACAGCAUUCAACCAGUUAACUACAUCGUCAAUGUAAAUAAAGACUAUGAGCCCAAAAAGGAAAAAAGAUUUUAGUACGGAGACGCGACUCAGUGCAUUUUUGCUGCUUUCGCCUUCAACAACUUCGGUUUCGGUCCUGCCUGGAUUCUGGGAGAUCCUUUCAUUCGUCAGUACUGCAACAUCUACGAUAUUGGAUCCCAAAGAAUGGGAUUCGCUUUGUCCAUUCAGAAAUAA